CCAAAAACUUCUAUUUCUUUCUACUCUGCUUUCAAACCCCAUAAAAGCCAAAAAAAAAAACAUUGAAGCAAGAAGUGCCAAGAGAAGCGGUCACAUUUUCCGGUUAAAUAAACAGAUCGACUAGGUGAAAGCUCCGAUCAUCGACCCUUUCUUUUCCGUUCAUGAUAUAGACUAAUGAUCAUAUUUUCACCAGCUUCCCCUGCGGCAUUGUUGAAAAAUGGCUAGUACACUGAGGAACAUUCAUGGUAAGAGAUCUAAUUUGCAAUCUGAGUUUACUGGAAAUGGAGGAAGUAAGAGAAGAAAUCUUCAUGAUCAUGAUACAGAUAACAAUGUCAUUGGGUCAGACGACACUGUGUAUCGUUUCUUGUGCCCUGUGAAAAAGACUGGGAGCAUUAUAGGCAAAGGCGGUGAGAUCGCGAAGCAGAUAAGGUCUGACACUAAAUCAAACAUGAGGAUAAACGAGGCUUUGCCCGGCUGUGAUGAGCGUGUUGUUACCAUAUACUCCACUAAUGAGGAGUUGAAUCGUUUUGGAGAUGAGGGAGAGCUUGUUUGUCCUGCUUUGGAUGCUCUUUUCAAGGUUUAUGACAUGGUUGUGGCGGACUUUGAUGAUAAUAAUGAUGAUGACGAUGAUGAUGAUGAUGAUGAACUUAGCAAGAAGCAAACGGUUACUGUGAGGAUGCUUGUGCCAUCAGACCAGAUUGGUUGUGUUAUUGGGAAAGGAGGGCAAGUAAUCCAGAAUCUGCGUAACGACACCAAUGCUCAGAUUCGUGUCAUCAAAGAUCAUCUACCCUCUUGUGCUUUGGCUUUGAGUCAUGAUGAGCUUCUUCAGAUAAUUGGAGAACCUUUGGUAGUUAGAGAAGCUCUUUAUCAAGUAGCUUCACUGCUUCAUGAUAACCCCUCACGGUUUCAACACUUGCUCCUGCCAUCUUCAAGUACCAUGCAUCAACCUGGUGCGAUGUUAAUGUCUGCAGCACUAACGAGCUCUCACAGAAACUACGCUGUGCAUAGAGAUAUAACAGAUGCUAGGGAGUUUUGUGUUUGCUUCAUCUGUCCAUCUGAAAACGUUGGAGGUGUUAUUGGAAAAGGUGGUGGUUUCAUUAAUCAGAUCAGGCAAGAAACUGGUGCAACGAUUAGAGUCAAUACCUCAGAAACUGAUGAUGAUGAUUGCAUCAUUUUCAUAUCAUCAAAAGAGUUCUACGAAGACCAGUCUCCUGCGGUGAAUGCAGCGAUACGGUUACAACAUCGGUGCAGUGAGAAAGUGGGUAAAGAUGCGAAUGAUUUAGCAAUCUCCACUCGUUUACUUGUGUCGAGUUCCCAAAUAGGGUGUCUCAUUGGAAAAGGUGGAGCUGUUAUAUCCGAGAUGAGGAGUGUAACAAGAGCUAAUAUCAAAAUUCUUCAAAAAGAUGUACCAAAAAUAGCACGCGAAGAUGAAGAGAUGGUUCAGAUUACAGGAAAUCCUGAUGCCGCUAUGAAAGCACUGACGCAAGUAAUCUUGAGACUAAGAGCUAACUCUUUCGACAUGGAUCAUGGACUUUUCUUGUUACCAACAUCUCUUCCAUAUACCGAAAGUUCGAACAAAUCCAAGUACGCCAAACGUGAUGACUACACUAAACUGAAUUCGAAUUCCAAGAGAAGAAACAAUGUUUCUUAGAAAGGAAAGAUUGAAGAGUGUGUUCAUCAGUUUCAGGAACUUCUAUGUUGAUGCAGUUUUAAUACACAAAAUGAAUGUUUUACUUGUAGAAAGAAGAAAGUUGUCUAUGCGAGAUGUAAACAAGAGGGUGUGUUUUCAUCUUUUUCUUUUUCUUUUUAGUUUUUACAUUCGGUAAACUGUUUGAAUUCUCAAAAGUGUUUUGUCAUUUCUACUUUUAGUAACCAACAUGUCACUAUCUAUUGUAUUACAUUAAAGAAACUACCUGCCAAUAUCUCUUUAAUCUUUUUAUGUGUUUGAGAUUGAUGUAUGAA